CAAGCACAAGACCACAUCAAUCAAAUUCCCAAUUUCACUAUAUUUCUCACUCUCAAAACUAAAAGAGGCCAUGUCCGGAUACCCUCACCCACCGCCUAACUACGGCUACGGCAGCGCUCCUCCACCUGGUAAACCCUACGCCACCGCCCCACCGGCCUACGGCGCACCUCCUCCCGCCCAGCACCAGCCCUCCCCCUACGGAGCUCCUUCCGCUCCCUACGCCUCUCCUCCUCCCCCCUCCGGCGGUGCCAGCUCCGGCUACGCCGCCCCCUACGCCGCUCCCCCACACGGCAGCGGCGGCGGAUACCCCGGCCAGGCCCCACCACACGGCGGCGGCGGAGGAGGAGGUUAUCCGGCUCCGGGAUACGGAAGCCCCUUCGCGGCUCUGGUGCCGUCAUCGUUCCCGCCGGGCACGGACCCGAACGUGGUGGCGUGCUUUCAGAUUGCCGAUCAGGACGGGAGCGGGUUCAUCGACGACAAGGAGCUGCAGAAGGCGCUGUCGUCGUAUAACCAGAGCUUCAGCAUGAGGACUGUUCAUCUUCUCAUGUAUCUCUUCACCCAAUCCAACUCCAGAAAGAUCGGGCCUAAGGAGUUCACUGCGGUGUUUUACAGUCUUCAGAACUGGAGGGGAAUAUUUGAGAAGUUUGACAGAGAUAGGAGUGGGAAGAUUGACUCGAAUGAGUUGAGGGAUGCAUUGGGGAGUCUAGGGUUUUCUGUAUCGCCUGCUGUUUUGGAUUUGCUGGUGUCCAAGUUUGAUAAGACUGGAGGUCACAUGAAGGCCAUUGAAUAUGACAAUUUCAUCGAGUGUUGUCUUACUGUCAAGGGAUUAACUGAGAAGUUUAAGGAGAAGGACAAAGCAUAUACUGGUCAUGCGACUUUCAGUUAUGAGGAAUUUAUGUUAAUUGUUUUGCCUUUCCUCAUCGCCUAGAGUGUGUUAAUGAAGAAGGAGUUUAAUGCAUUCUCUAUUUCAGAGUCUAAUCACUCUAAUGUAAUAUUUGUGCUUGUUUACUAGUGAACUUUAGUGGUACAUCUGUAUUUGCGGUUCUGCUUUAGUAUAAUAAUGUAACAAGCUUUGGUGUAGUUAUGCGCCUUUCCUUAUAAUUGUGCAAUAUUGUUUUGUUAAAGUCAAAAGGGUUACGGUUUAGGA